CCGGUGUUAAGUGAUCGAAUCCCGGGAGGGAGCGGAGAACUCAUUCCGGUCUAGUAUCGGAGACACUGUGCCAGAGGAGGGAGGCCGGGGACCAGCCGGUGCUGGUUGUCAUAUCUGCCCCUUGGCUUACCUUAUUCUAAGAAGAUGUGCCAGCAAGUAUCAGCAGGGAAAAGCCAGUGGUAUAAAGUCUGGUCCUCAGGAAGGAGUGGAGUAUUAGUGUUGCUACUUUCCUAUCUACCUUACACUUUCAGCUCAGUAUGUCCACCACCCCCAGAACCAGAGAAUGGUGGAUUCAUGUGUCACCCCCCUCACUGUGAAAAGCCCUUUACAUCUGGCAGUGUCAUAGAGUAUUUCUGUGCCGAAGGAUACAUGCUGAAAGGAGACUACAAGUUCCUAACAUGCAAGAAUGGUGCUUGGAGCCCACCUAUGGGAGUUAGCUGUAGACUGAGCCAGGACACCAAUAGAAAUACCAGCCUUGGGGUGCCCACACUUUCCAUUGUUGCCUCAACAGCCAGCUCUGUGGCCCUGAUAUUACUCCUAAUUGUCUUAUUUGUGCUACUACAACCCAAAAUCAAGUCCUUCCACCACAGCAGGCGUGAAACACAUGUGCCAGGGGAGCAGGUUUCUAUCAUGGUUGAUGGGGUGCAGGUAGCCCUUCCUUCGUAUGAAGAAGCUGUUUAUGGCAGUGCAGGAAACUGUAUCCCAUCUGCCAGCUCUCGAGUGCAGAUUGUGUUGUCUGAAGGUCCAGGAGAAGAGCAGGAUAUACAGCAGGAACUACCUGACUCCAGCAUCCCAGGACAAUCUGUGCAGAAUACUCACACCACUGGCCCAGCCAUGGCACAUAAUUCACAAUGCACAGCUGGCAGCUCCCAGCAAUCAGAGACUGUACUGGUCCAUCAGACUUCCCAGUGGGUGUCUGGAGCACACAGCAGGACACUGGGAAGGGAGGGUGCUGACUCUGAAAGCAGUGAUGUGCAGAGUCUUCUUUCACUCUCCUCUGAGGAAUAUACAGAUGAUAUCCCUCUGCUAAAAGAAGCUUGAAGAGAUCUGAUGCCUCACUCAACCCUGCGGGAUCCCUACAAUCUCCCUGCUCUGCAUUUCCUGUAUGGACAGGAGCUCUGGAGCUGACAUGUGCCUCCCUCAUCCCCACCAACCCACUGAGCACAGACGCUUUGUUCCCCAUCUACACAGUACUGGGAGCAGGUUGUCUGAGCUUUGCUUGCAGAGGUGUACAACUCUAUUUAAUAUGUAUGUGUAAUGCUGUAACCUAUAUACGAAUACUCCUGUGAUAUGGGCUGGAUCAUACAUCGCCUGGCACGUUUCCCUACUAAAUAUUAAUACCUCUUGGCCUUCCUAGUAACUUUAGCACGCACACAUGUUGUUGUGGACCUCCAUAGGACACAUUCAGAUACCUGGAGUAUAUUUACAUGGUUCCUAAGGGAAGACCCUUGUCUCAGGUUAAGCCAUUCAGGUGGCUACAAAAUGCAUUGUCCAGUGCAAUAUUCCCUGUCGUUUCAAACAACACUGGACAAGGAUUUUUUCAAAACCCUAAGGUGUAGACCACUUCUCAGGCUGGCUG